AUGAAACCACCACUACCCCCUGGAGUUAAGUCAUUUGGGGAAAGGAUUGUGCUUUUCAUUCUAAAUGUCGUUAUUUUUGGAAGAUUGGAGAGAAAUCUGGAUGCUGAUGACAUGUUUUUUUUACCUCACUCUGUGAUGGAGCAAGCUAAAAUUUUAUGGAGGAAUGGAGCAGCUGUUGGAUUUUACACAACCAAAAUGAAAGGCAGCCUGUGCAGUAAAGGCAGUGGGGCAUGCUACACGCUGCCCGUCUUCGAUACUGUAUUCAUCCGGCAGCAGCACCGUCGCCAGGGCCUGGGGAUGGCCCUGCUGCAGGACUUCUGCGAGACCUUCCAAGAGGACAAGGCCCUGGGGGUCAGUUGCCCCAUUUCUCCUGCCAUGCUCCAAGUACACCCAGGGGACUCAGACGAUGGGAGCAGCCAUGGGCAGAGCUAUCAGGAAUAUGGACCCAGACCAUCUGGUGAUGGAGAAGUCAACAAGGCCAGUCCGCACAAGAGGGCUCAAGAUUCGCGGGCUCCAGACACCAUAGACCGGCUGGAGACCCGCGAGGCCACGUACCUGGCUCACGCGAUUCCCGGUCGCCGAUCGCGGAACUUCGCAGACACCCUGUAUGGCCACGAGAUGUCGCUGUUGCACUAUUCUGCCGGCGCCCGCCUGCCUGCUUUCCAGGUUCCCACAGAAGUCUUCGACGUGAAAUAA